CCCGAUGUGAUCAGCGGAGUUGCGAGCGGCGCGAAAAUCGAAAACAAGAUGGCGGACGGAAGGAGGCAAAAAUCAUUCUCAAGAAAAUCAAAAAAAUCCACAAUAUCUCGUCCAGAAAACGAUGAAGAACCACAUAAUUGUGUUAUAUGUUUAGAUAAGGUUUCAUGUAGGGGAAAACUUAGCGUUUGUCAGCAUUGGUUUUGUUUUGCGUGCAUUUUGGAGUGGUCCAAGGUGGGUCGUUAAAAUAUAAAUAAAAUUACGUUUUAUUGAGUUAUUCGAGUUUAAAAUCCCAAAAUUUAGUAAAUAAUGUAUUCCGGUGAGUCUUCUAUCCUAUAAUAUGGCAAAUCAAAGUUUUAAUAAUCAAUCAGGCAUUAUAUAUCAAAUUGAACACCCAUGACAUUAAUAUUGACAUAUAAAUUACCAUUGCCUUGUACAGCAGUGUACCGAUUCUGAUUGUACACGACUCAUGAGGAUAUAGAACUGAAUGAGAUAAAGAAACAUAUUUUUAAAUAGUACAUAAAAUAUUCAAGAAAUUAUUUUCAGAUUAAAAGUACAUGCUUGUAGCAAAUUAUGACACCGUGUUGUAUUCAAGCAAGUGUGGCUCCAGUGCGAAGCGCUGGAGGCAAAGCUAAUAAAUAAAAAUUUUGUUUAUAUAUUUGUUUACAUUACAGAACACAAAUACUUGCCCUGUUUGCAAGAUGACGUUUAGAUGCAUAUCGAAGGUAUUUGCCACAUAGUCUAUAAUUUACGGGUCAAGCAUUUUUAGUCGAGCAUUUUCCAACCAAAUGCUCAAUUAUUGAUGGACAAGGCAGAGCAAUGAUUUUUUAAAAAAUUUUAAUUCUAAUAACUACUUGAAGUGCAAUUACCCAACAGAGGCCUUAUCUGAUGAAAUUUGAAAAUUUCAAAUCAAAUUCCAUUCAGAUUUCUUUUCCAGGCAAUUUCUGGACUGUUAUUGUUAAUAUUGUAUAUCAGGCUCUGUGGGUUUGACUCUUGACAAAUUAUUUUACGAAUAAAAAUGGCUGACAUUUAAACAGAAUAAAAUAAAAAGAAGGAAAAUGGGUUAGCAAUAGACAUCAGCUGAUAGUCUGGUUAUGCCAUUACUCCAGAGACGGAUUUUCAUAUUAUCUGAGACCAUAAUAUUGGUAAUUUUACAAAUUUAGUAAUAAGAAUAAUCAAAUAUGAAACUAUCAAAUCAAAAUAUAUGUGAUUUGCGGGGGGUGCAAAAUGCCUUUGGGGGGGGGGGUGCAAAUCAUUUCUGGGGGUGCGUGCACCCCCCCAGAAAAUCUGUGCUUGCAUUACUCAAUGUUUCCUAGUUUGUCCUUUGGAAAAGAUAACUAAUAUGGCAUGGCAUUAAUAGACCAUGUUGAAUGCCAACAUAAUGCAGUAUAAACAUUGAACUGUUGUUUUAUAGAGUCACUUAGUUCAAGGAAAAUCGCCUGUUCAGAAAGUACGAGUAAAAGAUGUUGAUCAACGUGUACAUCAAGAUGACGAUGAAUUCAUUUGGGCAGAACUGGAAUCAUCCCAAUCAGAAGAUGAAAUUUCUGAUUACCAACCUUCAAUUCAGGAUGUAAGUUGUUGGUGGUAGGGGAUGAUGGUGUUGGUGGUAAUGGGUGGUUGUAGUAGUGAGUAUGGUGAUGCAAGUUGUUGGUGGUGAUGGUGCUGACCAGUAGUGAUAGUAAUAGGUGGUUGUGACAGUGAUUAUGGUAAUAUAUUAUAUGCUGUUAAUGGUGGUGGUGUCGAUGAUGGUGAUUAUAAAUACAGUAGUGAUUGGUAUAUGGGUCCAUUGGCUAUUGAUGGUUGUGGUACAAAGAUAUGCUGAUGAUGAUGAUGACAAUGAUUGAUAAUGGUGUUCAUGGAAUUUGAACUGAUGGAGCAUGGUUCCAUGGAAAUGAUGAAAUUGAUUUAAAAUUUAUAAUAAUUAUAAAAUUGUGGCUGGGGUAAACCUCAUUUUGUCGCUCACAUAUAGUCAGUGUUGCAAUGAAUAUAGUGCUCAUGAUGGUGCAUUCUUUUACGCUGUAGGAUGAAGAGGACAAAACGUUUCAUGUAACCCCAUCCAAGAUGGAUACGGAUGACUCAGAUUUCAUCGUUCAUGACUCAGAUUGUGACAGUGUAACUUUUAUUGAAGAUAUGUCCUGUUCCGAGUCCUCCACUUUCUCUGAGUCUGAAACAGAUUGUUCAACCAGUUUCCAAAAGAAAUCUGCAAGGUUUAUUUUGGUUGUCUGUUCAUUUGCUUUUAGUCUGUCUAAUACAUUAAGAAACAACAAGGGUUCCCCCUUAUGGGUAAAAUGAUUCUGUCAUCAAAUAGCAAUGAAAGUACUGUAGGGUGCAUUGCAGCUUGAUUGGUAAACACGAGAUGUUGGUGUUGAUAGUUUGGUGUUUAACCCAUUUACACCCAACACUUUCCAUUCCCAAGUGACCUUGUCUGAUGUAAAAUAGCUAACUUAAUGACCUAAAAAGAGGCGUUAGUUAAAGAAGGUCUCAGGGCCUCCCCCCCCCUUCUUGUUGGUCCCUUUGGUACUAAAAUAGGUUAAAAACGUGUGGGAUACCCUUCAAUCAAAUCUUGAAAUCGUAAGAUAAUGCACUAAACAAUGUAGUUAAAUUAAUUUUGAAAGUUUUGCUUCAAGGACAAUUACUGUAUUUGAUGAGGAUGAUUCGUCUGAUGCGGAAACGGAAGAGAACUGGCAACGCAAAGGAACAGAAAAAAAAUCCCAAGGAAAAAGUAUUGACAACAUUAUUUCUCCUAUUUAGGAAAAUUGAACUAAAGAUAAAAUCACCAUAAUUGUAACUAAUAUGAGUAUGACUGCAGUAAAAUUUUCAAAUUUUAAAAACUUAAUGUCAUUUUAAACCCUUUAACACAUCGCUUGCCCGAUUUAUACCAACUAAAGCAAAUCAUUCAUCUGUCUCCAGGAUUCGUAUACGCCCUCAGGAAAUCCUGGGUUUUUAUUUUCGUCCUGGAAAUUCCUUGAAAAAUACUGGAAUUUCAAAGUGAUCCAGCAUUUUUUAAAUUAUGAACGUGUACAAACUUUGUGUAGAAUUAUCCAGAUGAGCUAAUAGGUCAACCCUAUUAUAAUUCAAGCCUUAUUGGAUGGGAGUAUUGUGAAAAUUGACCUGAGAAUAAGUCCUUGAAAGCUUGAAUGUCCUUGAAUUGAAAACAAAAAGUCAAGGCCUUGAAUGUCUUGGAAUUUGUAUAAAGAAGUUCUUGAAAGUCCUUGCAUUCUUCUUGCUUUAGUUUAUGGAUAUUUUCUGAAAUUGUUUGACAUUCAAAAACGCCAUUAUGCAUGUUCACAUCUGCCAAAGCUGUUUGAAAUUCAUUAAAGUUGCGUUUUGAACAAUUCAACGGCACAUUUUACUGAUUUCUAACGCCUCCUUCUCUUCAGUAUUUAGUGCUUGAAUUUGCUGAUACAUGACCUUGAAUGUCCUUGAAAAGUCCUUGUAUUUCGACUCUCUCUGAUAUGUAUAAAGUAUAAAGGCCCAUUUCCACUCAAGAAAAAUUUCCACGGACAGAAAGUUUGUGUCGGCCGAUCACAUUUUACAAAAUUUUCUUUCUGCAGAAAAUUUUCCUGAGUGGAAAUGGGCCUUUAACCCUGCUUAGAGAAGUUGCCUUUCUUUCGCCCAACAGGUAGUGCAAAGAAUGGAUUCCAUAGAAACCGCUACAAACCCCAACGGUCAUCAAAUCGCAAAUUUGAAGCCGCAAUACAACAAAGGAAGCGUAUUUCACAUUCCAGGACGAAAAACAAAGAGAACAAAUCGACCUCUAAAAAGAACAAUAAUCAGGACAGCAAGCGCGCUUCAAGGGAAGGAUGUUCUAGUAGUAUAGGACAGUGGUUAAGUAGUUGCUCACAGGCAGCAUCUAGUACGAACAGUCGUAAUACACAAUCCCAAGAUGCAAGCAGGCAACUUCAUACAAGGAUUAUGAAUAGUUUCAGGUAAACAUCUGUGGUGGUUCGGACAAUGAGUUUCAUCUACACAGCCUAAACUUGUGUACUUUAUUUAUACUGGAUAUGUAGCUCCGUGGCAGGAAAAAUAUUUUCUUCCUGGGAGCACAACCUGGAAGCAAAAAUUUCCUGCAGACCAACGGAGUAUUUUUGUGCUAAAUCUGCAUGUGCAUAAACAUAUGUUUUAGAUGACCAUGGUUUUAAAUUCGAGGAAUAAUAUCUGUCAACCAUAUGUUGUUGCGCCCAUAUAUAGUGGGACAUGGGUGUUAAGGUUUCCUUCAAAUUUUCAACAGCAAGUCUUCAUUCAAACGAAUUUCCUGCAGCUGUUUAACAAAUCUGCGUUGUUGGAUUAGAUGGAAAAUAUUUGUAUUUUUUUUUGCAGAGAUGACGGAAGCAACGCAGAAAGAGAAGUUCGUUCUCUGACACACAGAUCAAGAAAUAGACGAGUUGACCAGACAUCACCUAUUCCGAAUAAAGAAAGAACUAGGACUAAUAAACAUAGGUAAGGAAAGAUAGAUCUAUCUAUUAUAAAGAAAGUUAGUCAGGACCUUUCGGGAGAACAGUUUGGAACUAUUGAGAUAUCCAUGGAUAAAGUUAGUUUAGGUUUCGUCCGGAAGUGGUAACAGUGAACUUCUAGGAAGAACGGUUUAGAGCUGAUAGAGCUAUCCAGUAUAAAUAAAGUUAGUUGACCUAGUAAAGUUGGAGGGACUGCCAAGCCAGUGCUUCAGGAUGGUAAUACACAAUAUGUUUUUAACGAUUUCUCUUCGACUUUAGGGAUGUCGAAAACUCUACACGGAACGAAUCCAGUUCUACACGAAACAGAUCCAGUUCUACACGAAACGAAUCCAGUACUACACGAAACAAACCUAGUUCUACACGAAACGAACCCAGUUCUACACGAAACAAACCCAGUUCUACACGAAACAAACCCAGUUCUACACGAAACGAAUCCACUUCUACACGAAACGAAUCCAGUUCUACACGAAACAAACCCAGUUCUACACGAAACGAACCCAGUUCUACACGAAACGAACCCAUUUCCACACGAAACGAAUCAAGAUCUACAGGUAACAAUUGUAGGUCACAGCGGUCCAUUCUGCCUAAGAAACGCCGCCACAAGAAACUAACAUUCGGGUUUGAGAGCGAUUCUGAUAGCUCCAGCUCAGGCGAUUCCUGGAGCGCUGUCGUGCAGUCUUCGAGAAUGCCGAAGGUUUCCGAAAGCUCACGACAAACCACGAGCACCAAGAGAUCGAAAAACAGACAAAGGGAUGGAAGACCUUCCAAGGUAUUGAAAGAAAUGCAAAAUUUCUUUGAUGAAUAAUGGAAAUGAUCAAACUACCAAGAGUAACUAUACAAUCUAUUAGCUAUAAACUGUGCGGAAAUAUUAGUCUUCUAGCUUGUACUGUAGUUAGACUCCAAAAAUGCUAGUCUUAAAAAUGUAAAAAUGUAAAAUAACCAAAUAGUUCCAAACUUACAAUGCUACCCUACAUUAUUUAAAAUCAUAAAAAAGUUUGAUGAGUACGAGAAAUAAAUUUUGAUAAAAUGUUAAUACGAAAAUAUUCGUUACUGACAUUACUUAGCUGACAGCCUCAAUGUUAAUAAUUUUAAGCUUACUUGUUAAUAAUAAAUCUUUGGCAUGUAUAUUUGUG